AUGCAGCAAAUCAAUACAAAGUAACGAUUGAUUAGAAUAACUUUACUUCAAUAGUCCAAUAAUUUAAAUAUGAAGCUGAAGGUAUGUAAAUUAUGGUUAAAAGGUAUCUUUGAUUAAGUAUCGACCCUAUACGCAGAAAAUUAACAUAUAGGUUAAAUUAUGUUUAAGUGUUUUUCUGCUGAUUUUCCCUUCCUAUUUUUCUUAAAGUAUUUUAUUCUACAUUAAUAUUAUAUUAUACAGAUGACUAUAAUUUGUUGA